AUGGAGCAUAAUAACUCAGCAGUAAAACAAACAGGUCCAGCUUUUGGGACUGAUGACUCUGUUCGUCUUGCAUCGGUUUUGCCUGAAGCAUCUGCUCAUCACAUGGCGCCGACAUCCUCAGGUAUCUCCAGAUCAAUCUCCAAGCCUCGACACCGAAUCUAUCUGGCCGCCUUCAGUGUCCGCACUCUGACGGCUCCACUGGAUACCGUUGACAUCCGCCCCUCUGCGGUUCGUCUGGAAAAGUAUGUGAAGGAGGCUCACAAGCAUGGAGUUGAUGGAUGUCGGCUUAUCGUGUCUACCUACGCCAACUAA